GAAAAAUAUUUCAUUUUUCUCAUCACUGUGCGAGGAGAACGAUCUCUGCUGAAGGCUUCUUCUCUAUCAAUCUACUCUUCGGCCACAGGACACUAGAAUAACUCAGUAAUUGUAUAGAUGAAGUUUCUAGACUGGUAUUUGAAGAUUGUAGUAGUGGGAGCUACAAUUGGAGCUUCAAUGGAGAUGUUUAUGAUCAAAACUGGAUUUUAUGAUCAGGUGACUGCUCUUGAAUCAGAGAAGCGAGCGUAUGAGAAUUCCCCGGAAGCUCAAGCUGUUAAAGAGGCUCUUAAUCCUUGGAGAUAUCAUCAGGAGCAGGCUAAGGAAAAACCAUAGAUUACUUUCGUUCAGGCCGUUGUAUUCAGAUCUGGGACUUGAGGAUAUCAAGCAAGACGUUCUGGGCCUUCUUUAGAUAGCAACAAUUUAUGAAACAUUUUUGUGGUCUUGAGCUGUUAACAACUUGGAAUACAAGGAUACUUGCAGGAAAAGAAGUGCACUGUAAAUUGGUGGAACUGUUUAUUUUUUUCCUCUUUAUAAAGAUUUGCCUAGUUUUGUGAGCAAUAAAGGAAGCUUCUAAGAGAAACUUUUAGAAGCUUCUUUAGCAACCCUAAUAGCAAGUUUUCAUAAGAGAAACUUCUAAGACCUAAUUUAGCUUCUUUAGCAACCCUUACUAUCCAUUUAUAAUUUUUUCCCAUCUUUUUGAAGUGCACAUGGUGCUCUUUUUGCU